CUUUUGUCGCCCCCAAGCCACUCAUUUUCCAUUUCCACUGCAGCGUGGCCCGAGGCUGUGUGAGAAAAAAGCUGCAGUCACAUUAUAGGGGACGGCGAUGCGCAGGCGAGUAUGAAGCGUCUGCUAUUUAUAGGUUCCUUAUCGUCGAAACAAACAGCGCACAACUGUGGAGCCUCUCAACCAGAUCCGUGUACAGAAGAGGAAGCUUACUUUCAUUUUCUCGAGAGGCGAGGGAAGUGAUUUCAAGUGAAGUGGAAGGGCCACUUCUCUCUGCUGGCGAGAAAAAGUUGAUCCAGGGAGGGCUGAUGGAGUUUUCUGAGCACAUCAAGACGGCCAACGUGGAGGAUGUUGUGCUCCGGCAGCCGCUGCAGCCGCCCAGCAGAGGCACGCUGUGCAUCACCGGCCACCACCUGCUCUUCUCCGACCGGGGGGAGGGCGGCUCUCGACAGGUCUUGCUGCUACUCAGGAACAUAGAUGCCAUUGAGAAAAGUGUGGAAAAUCUUUUGGGCUAUUCCGGGUUCUUCUCUAAUGCAGGCCACGGUGAAAGGAUCUCUGGAUCAUCAGGGACAGUUACAAUCAAGUGCAAAGAUCUGCGUGUGCUCCAGCUUGACAUCCCAGGAAUGGAACAGUGUCUCAACAUUGCACACUCUAUUGAGACCCUGUCCUGUCUGGACAAUGUGUCGGAGAUGUACCCCUUCUUUUACAGACCUACUGACUUCAGCCUGCAGGACGGAUGGGGCCUCUCAACCCCUGAAGAGUACUACAGUCAAGCCAAAGCCCUUCAGAAGAAGUGGAGGCUUAGCAGCGUGAACAGAGACUACUCGGUGUGCCCUUCCUACCCUCCAGCAGUCAUCGUCCCUCACGCUGUAGAUGAUGACACGUUGAAGAAGGCGGCCAAAUUCAGGCAAGGUGGACGCUUCCCCGUCUUGUGCUACUACCACAGGAAGAACGGCAUGGUGAUCAUGCGCAGCAGUCAGCCGUUGACGGGAGCCAACAGGAAGCGCUGCAAGGAGGACGAGCUCCUCCUCCAGGCUGUGAUCGACGGGUCCGACAAAGGGUACAUCAUUGACACCCGUUCAAGUCAGCAGGUUCAGCAGGCCCGGAUGACGGGUGGAGGGUUUGAGUCCAAAUCGUUCUACAACCACUGGAAGAGGCUGCACAGACAGAUGGAAAGGGGAAAAGCUCUCCAGGAAAGUCUGAUCAAACUGGUGGAAGCCUGCGGGGAUGAGUCCAACAACAUGGACCGGUGGCUCAGUAAGCUGGAGAACUCAAAGUGGCUGUCUCACGUCCAGACUGCUCUGUCCACCGCGGGCCUGCUGGCGGAGUGUGUGGAGAGGGACGGUCAUUCAGCUCUGGUUCACGGCUUUGAUGGGACAGAUUGUUCAUUGCUCAUCAGCACUUUGGCACAGCUAAUCAUGGAUCCAUGCUGCCGCACACUGGAGGGCUUCCUGGCUCUGCUGGAGAGAGAGUGGCUACAGGCGGGACACCCGUUCCAGCAGCGGUGUGCCCACUCCGCCUGUUCCCACGCUCGCCUCCAGCAGGAAUCUCCCGUCUUCCUGCUGCUGCUGGACUGCGUGUGGCAGCUGUGGCGGCAGUUCCCCCUGGCACUGGGCUUUUCUGAGGCGCUGCUCCUGAGACUCGCCGCCGACGUCUACGCCUCUGAAUAUGGCACCUUUCUGUGUAACAAUGAUAAAGAAAGGUGUGCCCUGGGAGUUAAGGACAAGACUCACUGCUUGUUACAGGCAUUGCUGAAACCCACAGUGAAAGAUUUCUACUUAAACCCUCUGUAUGAACCCACAGAGCUGGCAAUCUGGCCCUCGGUUCACCCCCAGUCCCUGCAGCUGUGGAGAGGCUUUUUCCUGAGGUGGACCCAGCAAGCCCGUCACCUUGAGGAAGUGCAGGAGGAAAUAAGGAACAUGAUCAUAGAGUGGGAGAAGUUGGCCCUCAGAUGAUGCCCCAAUAAAAGUAAAGAUUGGUUUCCACAAACAUGUUACAAACGCUUCCACUUGUCAAUGCAGCUAUUAUAUUUUAAUGUACAGUAUUUCUUCCUCUCUAAUAAAGAUGUAUAAUAAGAACACUG